UCCGAGCCGCUUGGACCGGCAACGCGCAAUGGGUGGAGCCGCAUCGGGCGAGCCUACUCAUCAACGCCGCGUGCAGGAUGCGGAAGCCCGCGCUUCCAGCAAGGAGCCGGCUCACCAGCUCCGCGAAGCUUCUGCGGAGCAUUCGGGGCAGGCGGCGACAGAAAAUACCUCGGGAGAUUUGGGUGCCAAGGCGUUGGCUCCGGUGAUCGUUACUUUGAUCAGCGGCCGAAGCUGUAGAUGCGAUUCUUCGAAAAAUCGUACCAUCGGGGAGUUGACGCAAGAGGCGCAGCAAGAGCUGGGCGUCGUCAUCAAGUGUUUAAUUGGUCCAAACAUGGAACCUUUGAACGAAGGCAAGACGCUUGAAGAAGAAAACGUCCUGCCUGGCAACACCCUGACGGUGGUUGUAGUAGACCAGGCAGAGGAUCAAAAAGAAGCUGCUGAGUGCGGCGACAUCGUGGCGGCGGCCCUGUGCGGCCGCGUGGGCGCGGUGCGCCACUUCCUUCGGGCCUGGCCCGGCGGCGCCCGGUGGUGGGACGGCCGCUACGACCUGACCCCGCUGCACGCGGCGGCGCGCAGCGGCAACGUGGAGGUCUGUCGCGUGCUGCUGGCGGCCAGGGCGGAGGUGAACGCCGAAACCAGCAAGUGGGCCACGCCAUUGGACUACGCACGGGAGAAUCGCCACGACGAAGUCGUGAAGCUUCUGGAGGCUGAAAGCUGAAGAUGCUCGGGUUAGCCCAAAAACUCUUCUGUUCGACCGUUCGACCGCAUGAGUUUCACUGCUUUGGCAGCAGUGCAGCCUGCGAUUGACUCAUUGGAUUGGUUUGCACCAAAUGUGAAGGUAGUAGUUGCUUAGCAACGCUGAUUGAAUUUCGAGAGCAAACGCGUGACUGACAAUUGAGCUGCUUCAGGAACAGUUGUAAGUGCA